GGCAAGCAGGCAAAAGGCACCAAAAUCCCGGAAAUUCGCGGACACAGCAAGGGCAAAAGUAACCAAAGUUAGUCAUAGAAGCUCAAAGAAUACGAGCAUCUACAAAAUUCUAGUGAGUAAAUUCCUGGCGGCAUCUGACUCCGGGUCGAAUGUGGCGCAAGGCGCACGGACCUUUUUUGCUCUGAGAAGGAGAAAAUAAAAUCUAAACCAUCGCCAAAACUUCAUCCAUUCAAUCCAAAUCCAACUACAAACAAGCGAAUACACACUUUUUCUUCUAGAUAUCAUUCUUGACUCUCGUUUGAACGAAGAGUCAGAUAUCUAGUUGUACUUAAUACCCGCAACCGACACACGAAAGGCGACGGCACACAAACGCCCUCGCCCCACCAGUUUUCAACGCGCACCUUCCACGAUCACAGCAAGCGCCUGUGAUCACCUUUCUCUGUAACCGCAAUCAUGGCUGAUUCCAAAGGUCUCGAGGAGGUUCCUGAGGGCCAAAUCGAGUCCAACUACGAUGAGACCGUCGACUCCUUCGACGCCAUGAACUUGAAGCCUGAGCUUCUCCGUGGCGUCUACGCAUAUGGUUUCGAGCGUCCAUCUGCUAUUCAGCAGCGCGCUAUCAUGCCAGUUAUCAAAGGCCACGAUGUGAUCGCCCAGGCCCAAUCUGGUACCGGCAAGACUGCGACCUUCUCAAUUUCCGCGCUUCAGAAGAUUGAUCCCAACGUCAAGGGCUGCCAAGCGCUCAUUCUCGCCCCAACCCGAGAGCUUGCACAGCAGAUUCAGAAGGUCGUUGUCGCUAUCGGCGACUUCAUGAACAUUGAGUGCCAUGCCUGCAUUGGUGGUACAAGCGUUCGUGAGGACAUGAAAGCCCUGGCCGACGGCCCGCAGGUCGUCGUCGGUACUCCAGGCCGAGUCCAGGACAUGAUUCAACGUCGUGUUCUGAAGACCGACUCAAUGAAGAUGUUUAUCCUCGACGAGGCCGACGAGAUGCUGUCCCGUGGCUUUACUGAGCAAAUCUACGACAUCUUCCAACUUCUUCCGCAGUCGACCCAAGUCGUCCUGCUCUCCGCCACCAUGCCACAGGAUGUGUUGGAGGUUACGACCAAGUUCAUGCGUGACCCGGUCCGUAUCCUCGUCAAGAAGGCCGAGCUUACUCUCGAAGGUAUCAAGCAAUUCUACAUUGCUGUCGAGAAGGAGGACUGGAAGCUGGACACUCUCUCCGACUUGUACGAGACAGUCACCAUCACACAAGCCGUCAUUUUCUGCAACACUCGCAGAAAGGUUGACUGGCUCACCGACAAGCUCACAGCUCGUGAUUUCACUGUCUCUGCCAUGCACGGCGACAUGGACCAGGCUCAGCGUGAUGUGAUUAUGAAGGAAUUCCGUUCCGGCUCAUCCCGUGUGCUGAUCGCUACGGACUUGCUUGCCCGUGGUAUCGAUGUGCAACAGGUCUCGCUGGUCAUCAACUACGAUCUCCCCGCUAACCGCGAGAACUAUAUUCACCGAAUCGGCCGUGGCGGACGUUUCGGUCGUAAGGGUGUCGCUAUCAACUUCGUCACUGCUGACGAUGUCCGCAUGAUGCGUGAGAUCGAGCAGUUCUACUCUACACAAAUUGAGGAGAUGCCCAUGAACGUGGCUGACCUUAUCUAAACGACGUUUACGAGUUUCGUAUCUCUAAGUCACCGUUCUCGCUGUUCUGAUAUCCUAGAAAGCAUCGGAUUGUCAGGCUAGAGAAAGGGUGGCACGAUCACAGAUCAACCGCAUCAGGGUUGGCACUGGUGCCGACUUUCUUCGUCUCCAAAAGUUUCGUUCGCGUGCGUAUACAACACACAUGACGGCGGGGAACAGCAUUACGGCGUUUGUCCGACACGAUCUGAGCUUGUUUCGACGACACUUGUCCAAAAUGCUUUGUUCGUCAGCCGGGGUUGCAGCAGUCUCAUGGUUUUUGACAGUUAGAUGGGAAUGGGUCGCGAUGUAUUUGAUCCCUCGCUCUCAGUCCAUGGAUUUCAUUUCUUUUGUCAGUUUUGUUUGUUUUCCAUUAUCACAGCAUGCAUGCGUUUUGGUUACUCAGGGAGUGCUUCUCAUGCUCAUGCUAGGGGAGCGCCUGGAGGUGACUGUAAUUAUUCGCACAAUAGAGAAAUGGCGUUCCCAAAUCACGUCUGCCCUUUCCUG